GGCUUUUCAUUCAACAAACACGAAGAAGGACGCAGAAGACAUUCUCUAUCACCGGCUUUGCUAAAUCUGGGCAAUAUGUACUGGAUCUCUUCGGCCGUGUGCGUCUUCCUGAUUCUGCUUCUGUUAUCCAUCGAAGGGGCCAUCAGCAUCAGCAGCCUUGACAGCCUCUACACGGCCGAAUACAACGCAACAAUGAAAUGGGGCACUUAUCGGCCCGGCGUCUACUUCGGGACUCGGUCACGAGACCCUCUCAGCGUCCUUCAUGGGCUGGCAUGGUCCCGCCCCGAUGGCCUGGAGAUCCACCAUGACUGCAAGCAAGACGAGAAGGUGCGGCAGUUCGGAUGGCUGGAGCAUGACGGCGCCUCUUACGGCUAUCAGGAGAUCGUCGAUGACAGGUCCCACGUGCUGCUGCACACGUCCUUUGCUAAGCAUGCCGACAGGCCGGGGGAGAUCUUCCACACUCGGGUCGUGGCCAGGCCGCUGGCGGAGGACGACACCAAGGCAGUGAGCCUACUUGUGUAUGUCGGUGUGGAGGAUGAGAGCGGCCAUGUUGUCGUCGACGAGCAAGUGACGCCGUUCAAGACCAAAGACGGCAAGAAGCACAUCGACGCGAGUGGCUUUACAAAGAGCGGCAAGCUCCGGGUCGGCCUGACGGGAUCUGUGCCGCACAAGGAGAGCGGAAUUGGAGACUUUCGGUCUCUAGUUGAGGUGUCAGCGGCUGACGGGACGGCAAUCAAGGUGUUCUAUCACUCCCUCUCUCUCGACGAUGAGGACGAUCCGGCCGUCAAGACUGUGUGGAACGCGGAGCAUCACCUUUCGCAGCACCUGAAGCGGAAAAAGGUCAAGGCCAAGACUGACGCACCCACAGGCGGCCCUUCCCCACCCCCUGCACCCCAGAUCGCCGUGCUACAGGACACCACGGAUGACUCUGCCAAGCUGGUGUUCCUGCAGCUGCUCGUCAAGCCACCUGCAGACGGCAUCACUAUCGACACACACUUCUUCACCAGAGCGUCGCUGGAGGCACUGGAUGACGCAACAGUCAACGCCCUCCUCUCCCCCUCCCCCUCUGAAUACCUCACCCAACUGCUUGAUGCCAAGUCAGCGGCCUUUCACGACAAGUAUCGGCGCAUAUUCCCUGUCAAGCCGACAGGAGGCGGGGAGGACUGGCCAACGAGCUACGAGAAAGUGGCCAAGGCGGCCUUCUCAAACCUGAUCGGCGGCCUCGGCUACUUCCACGGCCCUCUCCCCGUGGCCAAGGGCGCCAAGCCACGCACGCUGACGGCCUUCUCUGCGGUCCCCAGCCGGUCGUUCUUCCCACGUCCAUUUCUGUGGGACGAGGGCUUCCAUGGUAUGGUGAUCAGCAAGUGGGACAGCCGCGUGUUCCUCGACGUGCUGGUGCACUGGAUGGGGCUCAUGGACACCGACGGAUGGAUCCCCCGUGAGCCUGCCCUGUGCGAGGAGGCCUUGACCAGAGUGCCCGAGCAGUUCCGGCUGCAAAGCAGAGAGGUCAGGGACGGGCGGGGUUGUAUGAUGCCCAGUAGCACAUCUCUCGAUUGUCCAUUGCUGUGUGUGCAGGUAGCGAAUCCGCCCAGCCUCGUGCUGCCGCUGAUGGACCUCAUCGAUGCGGCAAUGGUACAGAAUCAAACACCGCCACGACCAUGCCAACGUCUGCAUGCACGGCUUGCCAUGUGCGCGUCAGGAGAACGGCAAGUGUGCCGUACUAUCCUCCCCUGACGACCCGCUGGUCGACAAUUCGGCCGCCGACUGCUCGACGCCAUCAGCGGGCGAGUCGCAAUGGAGGCAGGCCAUCGACCCCGCCCUGCUGUCUGCCGUGGCGUCAUCCCUCUACCCCCGGCUGAGUCAGUGGUACCACUUCCUCAAGAAAAGCCAGGCGUCCAAGACUAAGGGGUGCUACAGGUGGCACCAGCGCACCACCGCACACACAUACGGCAGUGGUUUCGACGACUACCCACGGGGGGUGCUGCCCACCACCACUGAGUGCCACCUGGACCUCCACGUGUGGAUGAUCGUCAUGGCUUCAGCAAUGCUCAAGCUCACCAAGUCAGAAAAGACACACAGCAUCACUUGCACUCCUGUCUUUAUGCUCUGUUCCAAUGUGUGUGUAUGUCAGGUAUCUGCUGAGCCACUCCCCGUCUACCUCUCUCACGCAGAAAGACGUCUCGCAGUGGAGCAAGGAGGUGACCCAGCUGCGUGACUUCCUCGUCAAGGACAAGACCAAGCUAUACGACCCCUCGACGGGGCUGCUGGCAGACUACAUGGGCGAGCAGCCCACCACACGCACCGGCGCCCUCAUGCUGGUGCCGCCAUGGCGGACUGAUGGGAGAUGUGGAGAGGAGUUCAAACAGGACAACGGCAAACCUGGUAGGGAAACUGAAACUGCGAGCGUGGCUUGAUAUCUGCGUGCGCACCUCUGUCUGUGUCUGCAUGUGCGUGUAGGUGAGUGUGACCCGUACAGCCCCUCCCCCUGUUGCUCGCCAUCCGGGUGGUGCGGCAGCUCACCGCAGCACUGCCAGUGUGAAGGAUGUACCAUCUCUCUGCCCCUCGAGAAGCGACCCAAGAUGCCCACCAAAGCUGCCACGUCGCCACACAUCGGUGUGGUCUCCCUCUUCCCCUUCCUCUUCGGCAUACUCGCCGACCAAACACCUGCCGGCUCGUCUUCCACAUGGCUGGGGAAGCAGCUGCCGGCCAUAGUGGAUGACGUGAUGCUGAGUGAGGAUCGUCUGUGGUCGAGGGCGGGGCUGCGGAGCCUCUCCAAGAGCGAUGUACUGUUUGGGAGCGGGGAGAACUACUGGCGCAGCAACGUGUGGAUCAACAUCAACUUCCUGGCGCUGAGGGCCAUCAAAAAGUACUAUCUGCUAGACAGGGAGGAGGGCGGCAGUGGCGAUGUGACGCUGCCGGGGCCGCUCAGGGCCUCGAUGGACAGGUGAGAGGGACGGGAAUAUAUACGCACGUGCAGUGCCUGUCGAUCUAACCAUGGGAUUGUCUUGGGCGCAUGCAGGCUGUAUUGGGAGCUUCGCGAGCGUCUCGUUGCAACCAUCAUGACCGCAUACGAAAAACAGGUAAUGCACUUUCUGGAAUGACCUUGCAGGCCUCGGUAUCUCCUCUCUCUCUGUGCGUCCCUAUGCGUGUGUGCAGGGCUACAUGUAUGAGAGCUACCACGAGCGGAGUGGGCGAGGUUUGGGUGCGGCGCCGUUCACAGGCUGGACAGCCACCGUGGUGCUCAUCGUCGCAGAGCUAUUCUGACCACCAUGCGAUCGCACUGCAUGUGGGGACGGCUGGAAUUACGUGUCGAGAUGCUAUUUGUCAGAUGAGUUUAUGGUGUGUCGUGUGUGCAUGAAUGAGUGCGUGUAGAUUCAGGUCAGGCAAGUUGAGUAGGCAGGCCUGACGCCAAUUAGACCGGAGUGAGCAC